AUGCACGGUCGUCCGCCUGUUCAACAUGCAUGGCCGCUAAAUCACAUCCUGUCCAAAGUCGAUAUCUCAGACCCAUAUACUUUCCUCAAUGUGAAGCGCGGCAUCUUGCAAUAUACCUGGCUGAAACCAGUUCUCGCCAUUGUUUCCAUCGUCAUGAAAGCAACAGAUACCUACAAGGAAGGUUAUUUGGGCUUAUCGUCCGGUUAUCUCUGGACCGGUAUUCUGUAUAAUAUUAGCGUUACCAUUAGUCUUUAUUCGCUGGCGUUGUUCUGGGUGUGUCUUCAUCAUGAUCUGGCCCCAUUCCGUCCCGUCCCGAAGUUCCUCUGUGUCAAGCUUAUUAUCUUUGCUUCCUACUGGCAAGGGUUCUUCCUAUCAAUCCUUCAAUGGCUUGGAGCUUUGCCCAACGGCACAGGGGAUUAUACACCGGAUAACCUUGCGGCUGCCAUCCAAGACAGUUUGACUUGUUUCGAGAUGCCCGUGUUUGCGGUUGCUCAUUGGUAUGCGUUCUCAUGGCACGACUAUGCAGAUUCAACCAUCUCGGCCGCUCGCCUCCCGGUCAAGUACGCUCUUCGUGAUGCAUUCGGGGCGAAGGAUUUGAUCGAGGAUACCAAGAUGACCAUGCGGGGCGAAAACUACGCGUACAGGCUCUUCGAUUCGGGUGACCAUAUCAUUCCGCAUGCAGAAUCUAAUUCGCGCGUGCGGCGGGUCAUGCACGGCAUGCGAUACGAGCGCGGUGGAAAGGCGAAAUACUGGAUCCCUCAGCCGGGAGAGGUUAACAGUCGAACACCUUUGCUGGGCGGCUUCGACGGUAGCAGUGGUAGUCGACGCAAUAGCACGCUCGACCGGUAUCGCUCCCACAGCGAGUCGGAGGAGACUACUCUCGACGACUCUGACGAGAGGCUCUUUUCACAAGCCCGGGAACUAGAAUUCGGCGACUUCAAUUACCCGGUCAUCACUGCCAAUUUAGUCCCAAGAGACCAACGACUUGCCAGUCCCGCUCCCUCCCGUUCUACUCAGCAGCCUACAUUGGUGAAGAAAGCGAGAAAAAACAGAAAGUCUCACGCGUCAAGCAGUGGACGUAAAACCAGCGAAGGCCAUGCCUCUAGGAGCUCACGGCAAGAGCGCUCUGAAACGUCGAAACUUCAACGAAGGGGUACCGACUCGCCGAAGUCGCCGGGCUCUCAUCGCAGUCAGUUAGUGGAUCUUGUGGUAGAAGACCGAGAGGCGGAAGAGGAGGAGCGCGCGCAAAUCCAGCGAGCAUUCGGAUCAGUAGCGGUCGAGGAUGAGCCCAAACACUUCCAGAGACCGUCUGGUGAUCCGGUCGACGGAGGGGCCACCAAGGAUGCGGAAGGAAACGCCGAAUCCACAAUCAAGCAGCAGAGGCUGGGGGAACUAGAAGAUGAAGGAACGAGUCCGAAGACACCUGCGUGGGACUACAGAGAUUUGGAAGAAGACAAUGUGUGGAGCAGAUAG